UACAACGGCGGAAACAAAAUUUGGAACAUGAAGGGAGAUCAGGGAGACUCAUGGAAAAGGGCGGAAGUGACCAUCACUGGUGAUUAUGACCUUAAAAUUGAAGGAGUUUCAGGGGACUCCUAUCAGGCUGACAUUGCCAUUGAUGACAUAACUAUACAAGAUGGUUCCUGCGGAGGAGUUCCCCCUUCACCGUCUCUUCCCCCUAUCCCACCGACAACACAGGGACCAGUGUCACCCCAAUCGUGCGGUAAAUCACCAGUAUCGAGGGUUAUUGGAGGAGUGAACGCAAAUCCAGGGAGUUGGCCGUGGCAGAUUGCUUUGUUAAGAGGAAGUGGUAGAUCAUUCAGUUGUGGCGGAUCAUUGAUAACUCCUGAAUGGGUGGUCACAGCAGCUCAUUGCAUCUCAAGAGGACAACCCGGUAGUUACUACACGAUUCGCCUCGGAGAUCAUAACCGUCAUGUUAAUGAGGGAACUGAAGAAGAUAUUCCUGCCAAACGUGUAAUCGUACAUCCUGACUACAACAAAAUUCCCAUCGACAGCGACAUCGCAUUGAUUCAGUUAACUAAACCAGCUACCUUGAAUGCCAGAGUAAAAACUGUAUGUCUGCCUUCCCAGGAUGAAGUUGUUCCCACGUCUUCUAGAUGCUUUAUCACGGGUUGGGGCAAGAUUAAGCAUCCCGGGUCCUCACAUCACAUACUGCAACAGGCGAAUUUACCUCCCGUCACAAACAGCGAGUGUGCUAAGAAACUUGCCAGCUCUCCAGGAGGCUCGUCUCUUCAAAUAACUCAAAAGAUGAUUUGCGCUGGCGUCAAUGGAACUAUUUUAAGUGGCUGCCAUGGAGACAGUGGUGGUCCUUACGUUUGUCAGACUUCCGCUGGGAACUGGGUUCUGCAAGGUGCUGUCAGCUGGGGUUCCCCAAGAUGCUCUGCGGCCGAGCGAUAUACGGUGUUUGCUCGUGUUGGCAAGUUCAGAAAUUGGAUCGAUCAGAUGAUGAGCACUUGA